AUGACAAAAGUGUAUACAAGAGAAGAUAGAAAACGAUAUGGAUUGAAAAUACCAAAAAGAUUUGAUAAGAUUGGGGAUAGUUGUUUUAAAGAUUGUAGGUCGUUAAAAUCAAUUAAAAUCCCUACAAAUAUCACAUCAUUAGGAAAUAGGAUGAACAAAUGUUUUGAAGGAUGUAGAUCAUUAACAUCAAUUGAUAUACCAUCAUCUGUUAGUAAAAUAGGAAAUGAAUGUUUUUAUUUAUGUAAAUCAUUAACAUCAAUUGAUAUACCAUAUUCAGUUAACGAAUUAGGAAGUAAUUGUUUUGAUGAAUGUUCAUCAUUAACAAGUAUAAAUAUUGGAAAUGUUCAAUUUACUACUGAGGACAGAGUGUUUGUAGGAAAAGAAAAACUAGUAUCAUUUCCUAUUAAUAACUUAAAAAGAAUUUAUGGAAGACCAAUAAGAAAAAGAGAUAUUAAUGAAUUUGUUAUUCCAACAUCAAUUAGAAAAAUAGGAGAUGGAUGUUUUAAGGAAUGUAAAUCAUUAACAUCAAUUAAUAUACCAUCAUCAGUUAAAGAAAUAGGAAAUGAAUGUUUUAGUGGCUGUAGAUGUGAAAAAGAACUAACAGAAAAGGUGAGAGAAAUAAUCUAUAAACAAUGUGAUUGGGAUGAUGACGGGUGUGUUGUUGUCUAA